AUGCAUGAAAGCGGUCUGGUUGAAUCUUUGACUGAGUUUUGGAAUUCAAAAGACUUACGUGUGAGAUUGCAACAGUUUUGCCAAAUAUCCAAUCUUGUUUAUCCUCCGUUAAAAGGCAAGAUUAAUCUUGAUUUCUGGUUGCUGUUGCUCGCUUGCAGGCAAUGGUUUGUGUUCAGGAAAAAAGCGGUAGACUCAUUGGCAGGAAGCAACCAAAACGUUUGUCAUUUGAUUGAAGAUCCUCUGGUGGAAAAUCCUGUGCCAGAUUUCAUGACAUACACUGAAACAGUGGUAGAUAGUUAUAAACAAAUAGUUUUCACUUCGGGAUUUUACAUUGCAUUGAUCGCAGUGUUUUUGGCUGGUACCCUUAGACCAACACUUUUUUCCUUUGGGAACAUUAUUGCCUCUUUUACUUUCCUAUGGGAAGGAUCCGAUAUGUUUUUGAGGCCCGCCAAUAUUAUUUUACGCAGAUGGAAUUACUUAAUUGCCUACAACGUAAUAGUAUUGGUUGUUAGAAGCGCUAGCCAGAUUUUUGAAUGUAUUUUAAUAUACGAAGCCAAUGUCGAGAUUAAUUGCAAAAUAUCUCGAUUAUUUACAAUCGGCUGUGUAGAUAGUUACGGUAUGAUGGAAGAUAUACCGGGAAUUUCCACAGAAUCCUCAUGCACAGUGCUCAAAACAGCUCUAGGCUUAGGCUGGGAUUGUUUUUCGUUUUUCUGCUUGAUUUGCCAACAACGCAUAUUCAAAUCCUACCACUUUAUUCACAUUGUCAACAACGCGAAAGCAAAAACUAUCUUGGCGGAUUGCGGUGCUAUUUUGAUCGAGGAACAACGUCGAGAGAAGAAAACCGCAAUCGACGUGGAACGUUCAGCUUUAGAGGCGAAUAUCAAAUUGAAAAUGCAACGACUUCGAGAAAUUGAGGAGAUUAGUAAAGAUGGGUAUUAUCAUUUUGAUCGAGUUGAUAUACCGCUGAUGCCUGAUAAAGUGGAAGAGGAAAGUGAUUAUGAGUCGUUUGAUCCAAUGCCUUUACCAGAAUAUUUUGGGCUUUUCUAUAGUUCAGGCAUGGAAACUGUAUUGGAAAUAACGGCUUUGAGAAAAGAGCGGAAGAGAAAUUUGAGGCAAAAGGUAUACGAAAUAUAAUUAGUCACAACAAAUAAGAAGUAGUUAAUGGAUUUUGGUUUGCUCUAACUGAAACUAAGUCGAAGACAUUUGAGAUCGAUGCUCGACACGCAACUGUCAACUGAAAAUAUUUUUUCCUACGAGCGUGCGCAAAGUAGUACUUUUCCGCACGCAUUACCGUUCUCAAAGUUAUACUUUUCCGCACUGAGUGCGGAUACGGGCC